UUGAAACGCCGUAACUGUUAUUUCCGUUACACAAAGCGGAAGUCUAAAGACUUGCGACAAAAUGGCCACGAUUAGAGCCUUGUCACUUAUUUUGUCCGUCCUGUCAAUUAUUACGCUUUUAUGGACACAGUCUGGCGAAUGCAAUAACGGUCGAAGGGUGGGAGAAGCGGUGGACACCGAUUUCAGCGGAUUCUCUGUGCCACUAGAGCAUUCAUUUGAAGUGGACGAUGUUCCCAGAUUUCACCUUCGUGGUGCCCUACAGUUCAGGGGUGGAAGAGAAAACAGCGUGUAUCUCUCACAAAACCAGCUCUCUGAGAAAGACAGGAAUAUACUGAAGGAGGUGGCAGCAGUUGAUGGUCUGUACAGGAUCCGGGUGCCCAGAGUCUCUCUACAGGUGGAUCGACAGACAGAGAGACAGUCUGAAGGUUACCUCACUGCGUUCGUGAGAGCUUGCUCGUUAGUGGAGUCCCACCUCAGUGAUGUCAUCACACUUCACACUGAUGUCAGUGGAUAUGUCAUCGGCAUUUCCAUAGUGACAAUCCCCGGGUCGUGUCGUGGAAUAGAGGUGGAGGAUGAGGUUGACCUGGAAGUCUUUAACACAACAAUUAGUGUUGUGGCACCAGUCACUGCACCAGCACCUGAAACAGCACCCUACAUUGAGAGGAUGGAACAGGAAAUGGAAAAGAAAGGCAAAAACCCGCAAGAGCAGAAAUCCUUCUUUGCCAAAUAUUGGUAUUUGAUUCUGGGAGGUGCAGUGUUCCUCAUGGCCACCAGUUCAGCACAGACCCCACCAGGGGCCGCCAGAGAGCAGAGCUGAUUUCCAUUCAUUUCAAUGGAUGUAUAUUGUCCCUCUUGUUCUUUUCCUGAUGAUGUCCGGAGCUCAGGAUCAGUCUGGAGGCGGAGCCGGAGGAGGGGCGGCCAAUGGUGGAGGACGAUGAUUCCCAUGGCAACAAAAACUCCUGUGUUGUACAUAAUAAUUUAAAGCAGAUUUUCCGUUCACUGACACUCAUCAUGAAACGUAUACAUUUACAAAGGAAGAAUUGUUCUAGAGAAAUAAUGAUUGAAAAGCUUAACUUAUAACUGCAUUCUUGGAUUGCGUUUUUACUACUGAUUUAAUAAAAUAACUCUGACUGGUAAA